GACAACGGCAAUAGUGCCGGAAAGAAGAGCGCUCUGUCCAAGAUGCUGACAGCGGAGUUCACAGUUUGAAAACAUGCACGCGCUGUAAUGCGUUUCCGGUUUGGUGGAGCUGUGAAGACGGUGUUGCUAGCUGGUUAGCUAAAAGCCCUGAUGUUGAAGAGGCAGUGGAGUGGAGCGGAGCUGAGAUUAAAAUGGGAGCCGGCGCCUCAAUAUCACUGUGUUGAGCAAGCCUGUGGCGACGGUGGCAAGGAAAAACUCCCUCAGAUGACAUGAGGAAGAAACCUCGAGAGGAACCAGACUCAAAAGGGAACCCAUCCUCAUUUGGGCAACAACAGACAACAUGACUAUAACAUUAACAGUUUUAACAUGAAGUCAGUUUCCUUGACGUUAGAAACUCUUCACUGAUGGAAACUUGAGUGCAAAACUGUUCAUGACAACUGCAGUCCUCAGCCAUAAAAGCAUUACUGUAAGAGUCCAGAGCAUCUUCCAAGCGCGACGUUCGACUGUCCAUAUGGGGCCAUCUUCUACAGGAGUGAUGUGAUGAGACUCCAACCAGACGUAGGGCAUCAGGAUGGAUCAGGCAGGUCCAAGGAGCAGAAGAGCAAGGUCCAGGCUCGGUGAAGGUGCUGAAACGGUGCACUCGUGUGGAACCUGAGAAGCAGACGCCAGACACUCGGGCCGUAUUUGGAGUGUCUCUGCAGAGUCUGAGAGACGCUGGGCGGCUACAGCAUGGAGUCCCUGUGGUGCUCAAGAACAUGGUGGAGUUUUUGGAGAAAUACGGUCUGCAGCAGAGUGGUGUGUUCAGGGUGUGUGGCUCGGUGCCACGCUGCAGGACGUUGCGUGUGUGUCUGGACCGUGGUGAAUGUGUGGAUCUGGACAGAGUGGACGUGCCAACAGUUGGCUCUCUGCUCAAGCUGUAUCUCCGAGAACUACCGAGUGGGCUCGUACCACACACGCACAGCACGCGCAUGCAGCAGGCGCUCAUGGACUCGAAAGAUGGAACAGAGCUGGUUGAGGCACUGAAGGAAACCCUGCAUCGUCUCCCUGACGACAAUUACAACAUCCUGUCGUACCUCCUUCACUUCCUGUCUCGAGUCGCUGCUCACAGUGAGUGGAAUCACAUGAGUGCCGAGAACUUGGCUACAGUGUUCGGACCGUGCAUUUUCCACGUCCCUGAGGGCCCGAGGAUGCUGGAGGAGCAGAACAUGUGCAACACCAUUACGCUGCAUCUACUGGAGAAACGCACACAUCUGAUCCCGAGCACACACUUCACACACAGCUGGAACACCAUGUUGUCUCCACUUUGUCCUACUGAUGUUUCGCAACUACAGCAGGAGCACUCUUAUACCUCCGAGACGGUGUGUGAUGUUAGUGUGGGUGUGGCUAAAGAAAUGAGUGCCCUCCCACCCACCGCAGCAGAUACACGCCCACUCUCCAGAAGAUCAUACCUGAUCAAGAAGGAGCCGUCCUGUAUCCCACGCUCACACAUGAGCCUUGCUCCAGGCAGCAAUACGCACCGCGAUACCAGCGAUGAGACGCAACACAAGACCAGGCGCCAGAGACAUGAGACCAGAGACACUGACAGCCAGAAGGACACACAGUCUAACAUGAGUGGCGCACACUUGCCAAGUGGUGAUACACAAACCGAGAACCGAAGCUCACACUCUGAGCUUCGGAGCAUGCACACACUCACCGAGGCCAGGCUCUCACAGAGCAAACACGUACCCUCAGAUUCCAGCUGCACGCACACUCCGAGUCCUGACUCACACAGUAGCAGGCUGGUGGAGGAUGAGUUCAACUCAGCAUCUCGCCACUACAUCAGGGCCCGUCCCAGUUCCUCUGUUCAGCGUCCAAUCAGAAGCCAGGCUCAGAGUGGACAAGACUCCGUCUCCUGUGCAACUUCCAGCCAAUCACACGUCAUCAGAAAGGAUGGUGCAAGCUGUUCCCAUGAGAUGUUGAUCUCUCAGUUGCAUCAGCAAAUUCAGAAGCUCAAGCAAGCACUCAGGAGCUUUGAAGAAUCCUUCGAAAAUAUCCACAACUGCAAGGCUGCGCUCAACGAUAAAGCGGCUCAUUCUGAAGUGGCGAAGCUCACGAUGGACCUCAGUAACGCACGCAAGCAGCUGAAAGAGUUGAGAUUAAGACAGUGUGUGCAUGCUUCGGAAAAGUCAGGAGCCCAGAAGCUCAGUGUGUGCGCACACUCACCAAAGGUGGAGGACACGGUGAACAUGUUAACUCAGCGGCUUAGAGAGAAACGACUGGAACUGAACCUGCCAGAACGCAUACAGGACAUGUCUCGCACUCAGUUAGCUCUGGAAAAGAUGUCUCUGCAGAAGUGUCUUCUUUACUACGAGAGUCUUCAUGGCAGACCGAGUUCUAAAGAGAAGAGGAGCGUGGUGAAAGAGCUAUAUGAGCACUACCAUGUAGUGAAGCAGGCCUUCUACAGCUCAAACACACCCCCCUCUACCACUACACGCGUGCGUGAAAUGCAGAGAGGCUCAGAAGGGUGUGUCCAUAUGAAUCCUGUGCUGGGAGAAGACGACACUAACCCUGUUUUCAUCGCCCAGAUGGUCACGCAAGAAACAGAUUUCACAAAUGAGACGCAGAUAGUUAACAGGGUGGCGCUGUUGAGGCAGCUGAAACAGACAAGGAUGGAGAAAAGGCAACUGAGAAGACAUCUCAAAGAGUACGAGAAGAACUUUCUGAUAAAGCAUGGCAGGAGUGCAGAGAGACAGGAUCAUGUGAUCAUGGCGGAGGAAUACGAACGCUACUCGGCUCUGAAGGACAGACUGAGGCUGCUGAAAGGGAUGCUGGGAAAAAAACACAACCUCAGUGCAGCCGGAGACAGAAUCGCCGUCUGACACACACACAGUCGCUUCUCACAUCCUUCCUCCUGUCGAAAACAUAUGGACAGACUGGUGAUUGAUUCGUCCUGUUUACUACGAUGUCUAUUACCAAGAGUAAUGGAGGAUGGAGUUUUU